AUGUCUUCUCGUCGCGGUGAGCGUGCGCGUUCCGAGUCCCCACGACCAAGGAAACACAACAGGGAUGAUAGUGAUAGAGAAGAUAUGCAUAAAGCUAAGAAGGAUAAAAAACAUAAGAAAAAAAGUCAUAAACGUCACCAUUCUGAAAGCGAUUCUGAUAGCAUUCCAGAACCACCUAAGGGUUUUACUCCCAUAUCCGAGGACGACUAUUAUUCCAAAUCUACAGAAUUUCGAAUUUGGCUUCAAGAAAAAAAAGACAAGUUUUUCGACGAGUUGUCUUCGGAACAAGCACGUCGAUACUUUAAGAAGUUUGUCAACAAUUGGAAUAAAUAUAGGCUAGAUAAAAAGUAUUAUGAGGGCAUGCGCUCUUUACAAUUUGCAAGUUCAGAGAAGACACGGUAUAAGUGGAAAAAUCUAAAGAUUGAGCAAGAUAAACUCGAAGAUGUAAAAAACACAGUGGACCGACAGACAAAUAUAAAGUUUGCAGCUGAAGUACACGAAAGAUCGAGAGGUGGUAAAAGUCUGGAACAAAAACCUCAGAGAAUUAUUGGUCCUUCCAUGCCUAGUUCUAUUCCGGGUAAUUACAAUGAAGAUAUGGAUCAGGAAGAUAGAGAACGCUAUGAAAGAGCACUACAAAAAAAAGAUCGCAAAAACUUUCAGAAGACGCAUGAAGUCGUUCUUGAGGAAUUGGUUCCAAAAGCCACAGCCCGGAACGAUUACUAUCGAAGAGAAGAGAGCCCAGAUAUGUCAUUAAAAGAUGAAGAUCUGUUGGGUGGAGAUGAUUUUACAGCUAGAAUUGCUUCUCGAGAUCGUGCUAGAGAAACACGUGAUAAAAAAAGACGUGAUUAUAGAGCUGAAAAGGAAGCAGACAUACAAGAAAGAGCAGUAGCAUAUAGAUCGAAGGAGCAGGAAACAAUAGAAAUGUUUAAGAGAAUGGCCGAAGAAAGAAGAAAAACUGGAGAUGGAAUGUGGAGUCAAUAUAAAGAUUCUUAG